ACCACACGAUACGAGUAUAGUACAUUCUGGGUUAGCUAGCUAGCUAGUCACAGUGACCGGCAGCGGCAGGGAGGGAGGGAGAUGUGGAGGCUGAAGGUGUCGGAGGGUGGCGGGCCGUGGUUGCGGUCGGUGAACAACUUCCUUGGCAGGGCAGUGUGGGAGUUCGACCCCGACCACGGCACGCCGGAGGAGCGCGCCGAGGUUGAUAGAGUCCGCCGGGAGUUCACCCAGCGCCGCUUCCAGAAGAGGGAGUCACAUGAUCUUCUUAUGCGCAUGCAGUAUGCAAAAGAAAAGCAUCUUCAGGUUCAGGUGGAUCAUCCGGCCAUCAAGCUUGUAGAUAUUGCACAAGUCACACAAGAGACCAUAUUAACAUCAUUGAGGCGAGCCCUUAGUCAACACUCUGCUCUGCAAGCACACGAUGGGCAUUGGCCUGGCGAUUACAGCGGAAUUAUGUUCAUUAUGCCCAUCUUGAUAUUUGCUCUACAUGUUACUAGAACACUCAAUACCGUCCUUUCAAGAGAACAUCGGCGUGAGAUUUGUCGCUAUAUUUACAACCAUCAGAAUAAAGAUGGUGGUUGGGGCACACAAGUGUUGGGGCCAAGCACCAUGUUUGGAUCAUGCUUAAACUAUGUUACCCUGAGGCUUCUUGAUGAGGUGGACAAUGAAGCCUUGAUCAAGGGGCGUGCUUGGAUUCUAUUGCAUGGAAGUGCAGCUGCAAUACCACAAUGGGGAAAGAUAUGGCUCUCUGUGGUCGGUUUGUAUGAAUGGUCUGGAAAUAAUUUGAUCAUUCCUGAACUAUGGCUUGUCCCACAUUUUCUUCCAAUUCAUCCAGGACGAUUUUGGUGCUUUUGCCGGUUGAUUUAUAUGCCAAUGUCUUAUCUGUAUGGUAAAAAGUUUGUUGGCCCAAUUACACCAACAAUAUUGGCAAUACGAGAGGAGCUCUAUAGCAUACCAUACCGUGAGGUCGAUUGGAAUAAAGCACGUGAUACUUGUGCCAAGGCACUAAAUAUGAUUUGUUGUUGGAUUGAUGAUCCAAAGUCAGAUGCAUUGAAGUUUCAUAUUCCAAGGAUCUAUGAUUAUUUAUGGCUGGCAGAAGAUGGCAUGAAAGCACAGGUAUACGAUGGUUGUCAAAGUUGGGAGACAGCUUUUAUUAUCCAAGCAUAUUGCUCAACAGACCUUAUUAAUGAGUUUGGCCCAAUACUUCGAAAAGCCCAUGAAUUCAUUAAAAAUUCACAGGUUCUUGAGAACCAUCCUGACAGCAAAACUUAUUACCGCCAUAGAUCGAAAGGUUCAUGGACACUUUCAACAGCAGAUAAUGGUUGGUCUGUAUCAGAUUGUACUGCAGAAGCACUUAAGGCAUUAGUAUUGUUAUCCAAGAUCUCUCCUAAUCUUGUGGGGGAACCAAUAAAAGGAGAAGGGUUGUAUGAUGCAGUGGAUUGCUUACUUUCUUUCAUGAACAAAGAUGGUACCUUUUCUACAUACGAGUGUAAGAGAACUACUUCAUUGAUUGAGGUUCUCAACCCUUCUGAGACUUUUCUGAAUAUUAUGGUUGACUAUCCAUCCGUCGAAUGCACAUCAUCGAUGCUUCAAGCCUUGAUUAUGUUUAGAGAAAUUUACCCGGGGUACCGCAAAGAAGAGAUAGGACAAUGCAUAAAAAAUGCUUCUGUGUUUAUUGAGAAUAGUCAACGAAAGGAUGGCUCAUGGUAUGGCACUUGGGGUAUAUGUUUCACUUAUGGAACAUUAUUUGCUGUACAAGGAUUAAUAGCUUCUGGAAGAACUUACGAAAAUAGUUCCUUCAUACGCAAUGCAUGCAACUUUCUGUUGUCAAAGCAGCUAAAUACAGGUGGAUGGGGAGAGACUUAUCUUUCUAGUGAAACUGAGUCUUACGUGGAUGCCGCUAGUCCUCAUGCAGUCAACACUGCUUGGGCAAUGUUAGCUUUAAUUUAUGCUGGGCAGGUUGAACGAGAUCCCGCACCACUAUAUCAUGCUGCAAAAGAAUUGAUCAAUAUGCAACUAGACACAGGCGAGUUUCCGCAGCAAGAACACAUUGGAUGCUUCAACUGCUCCUUUUACUACAAUUACGGCAACUACAGCAAUUUAUUCCCCAUCUGGGCUCUUGGGGAGUUCCGUCGUCGACUGCAUGAGAAGAACUGAAUCCGCUGAACAUGAUCCAACAGAAGAUGGAAAAUGGGCUAUAGACAAACUACAUCUAUGAAUCGUUGCGCUUGACUUCCAGAGUUAAUUAGGCAGUACGCUGAUUGCUGAAAUAAUACUUGAGUGCUGAAUACUAUAGCCUAAUAACUCUGGAGAAAAGUCUAGGAAUUUUUAUGUGAUGGAGCUGUGGUAUGUAAUAAUACUCUGGAAAACAAUGUAUGCAGGAAGUGUAUUCAUUCAAAUAAUAUCUUAUAUUCCAAUUGGAAUAUCCAA